AUGGCGGAAACAACUACGAAUGGUGCCGCUGCGCCCAAGAAGCAGAUUCUCAUCAAUGCGUUCGAUAUGUCAACCGUCGGACACUUGUCUCCCGGGCAGUGGAAGAACCCCAAUGACCGAUCUGCUACAAAGAGGAAACUCAAAUACUGGAUCGAUCUAGCUAAGCUCCUAGAGCGAGGAGGAAUCAAUGCGCUUUUCCUUGCAGACACAUACGGAGGAUACGACACAUAUGAGAACAGCCUCGACAACUGUAUCCGAAGGGCGGCACAAUGGCCAAUGACUGACCCAACUAUUCCAAUCUCUGCCAUGGCUGCAGUGACUAAGAACCUUGGGUUUGCCAUCACCGCAUCGACCUCUUUCGAACCCCCAUUUCUCCUGGCAAAACGCUUCAGUACACUUGACCACUUGACUGAUGGUCGCAUUGGCUGGAACAUCGUCACUUCGUGGAAGAAAGCAGCGUUCAAGGCCAUCGGCCUUGACACUCCCAUUGAGCACGAUCAGCGUUAUGAGCAGGCAGAUGAGUACUUGAGGGUUCUUUACAAACUAUGGGAAGGCUCGUGGUCCGACGACGCCAUAACCGAAAACAUCGAAAAAGAUGAAUACAUCGACCCCGAUCGGAUCCGCACCAUCAAGCAUUCCGGAAAGUUCUUCAACAUCGAGUCCCGCCACAUCGUCGACCCGUCUCCCCAGCGCACUCCACUUCUUUUCCAGGCCGGCACAUCAGCAGCCGGCUCAGAAUUCGCCGCCACCCACGCAGAAGCCAUUUUCGUCUCUUCGCACUCCCCACAGGUCCUCCGGCCCAAGAUCGACAAGAUCCGCGAGCUAGCGAAGAGCAAAGGCCGCGACCCCAACAGCGUGAAGUUCUUCUCCACAUUCACUCCCAUCAUCGGCCGGACGCAGGAGGAGGCGGACGCGAAGCACAAAGAGCUUUUGAAGUACGUGUCGACGAUUGGAGGAUUGGUCCUCGUGUCGGGAUGGUCGGGCAUCGACCUCAGCCAGUACGACCCGGAUCAUGAGCUCACGGAAAAGGACCUGACAACCGAUCAUCGUGUGCGAUCUUUGCUUGACGCAUUUACUGUUACGUCACCCGAUAUUCCGAAGUGGACACCCCGCGUUAUUGCGGAGAAGGCAUCCAUCGGUGGUCUUGGACCUGUGGCGAUCGGUACGCCUGAGAAGGUUGCGGAUGAGCUUGAGAGAUGGGUUAAGGAGGCAGACGUCGAUGGUUUCAAUAUCGGCUAUGUUACUACGCCGGGCUCCUUCGAGGAUGUCGUCGAUCUUUUGAUCCCUGAGUUGAGGAGGAGAGGCAUUUACCCUCAGCCUGAAGAUAUUGAUGGAUUGACAACGAGGGAGAAGGUUUAUGGAAAGGGCCAGAAGGGAUUAAGAGACGACCACGAGGGCAGCAAAUAUAAGUACGACGUCUAUGAUGAGAAUCGCCCCUAGGCAU